AUGCCUCCCAUCGAAAACGACACCGGGAAGAGCGAGUUGAAGACUCAGAUUCAGCUCCUCAUUGACUCAAAUCAAGUGAUGGUCUUCAGCAAAAGCUACUGCCCCUUUUGUGUGAAGGUAAAGGACCUGUUCAAAGAGCUGAAAGUGGACUGUAACGUGGUGGAGUUGGACCUCAUAGAGAACGGCACCACCUACCAGGACAUGCUGCUGGAGAUGACCGGGCAGAAAACCGUCCCCAACGUCUUCAUCAACAAAACGCACCUGGGCGGCUGCGACAAAACCAUGCAGGUGAGGGCCGAACGCACGUUUGUGCACUUUACACGAACACCUGGAAAUAUGGGACCAUCAUCCAGAGUGGAGGUCUUCAACAGGGGGUCCGCGGCCCCUAGG